GCAUAUAAAAGAGCAAUGAGAUCCAUCUGUACCAAGCUGUGUCUUUCAGACUCUUCCAGACUCAACCAGUCGUCUUUAGAAGUCUUCUCCAAGAUGUUUGCAUUCUUAUUCUUGGCUGGUCUGUUCUCUUCGACUUGGGCAAGUCUCAAUCUUCACGAUGGGCCGCUGCUUCCCCCAGCAACAGCUUUCACCUUUGAGGUGACAAGUUCAGUACUGACCAAGCCUACGACUUGCUACAUCACAUCCGGUAUGGUUUCUCAAUGCCGAAGGAAGCGUGGAAUGGAAGAGAGGCCCUUAAUUAUUCACUUCGAUGACGAUCUGGAAGUUGCACCAUCGGCCGUUCUCCCGGUGGAAACGACGGCCGUUCCCCGGGCAAUCAAUUCACUGGACAUUUUUAAGGGAAACAAUGUUUUCAGCUCGUUCGACGAUUCCUAUUUCAACACGCAGAACCUUUUCAGUCAGCUGACAGCCAAGGGCGGUAGCAAUGUCAUCACGGUUGGUGAUUGCGGUCGAUCUACCGUCAAUCUCGUCCAAUUCCUUUCCUGUUUGGGUUUGACUGUCCAGGAAACAACUACAUUGACGGCCACCUUCACGCAAACCGAAACCUUGUCCAGCGGUUACGCUAUAAUGACUGUCUUGGGUUGCACUCCAGCAGGUUUUCCUUACACUUAUUGUCCGUCAACUGUAACUGCAACAAAAAAGUUAGAUUUAAUGCCAAGUAUGCCGGACAUUGUGACUUCCGAAAUUACCAGUCCCGACACUUCGCCCAAAACGAAAUCCAAGCCCAGGAAUCGUCUCUAAGAAAAAGAAAUUGCCAAAACUCUCGGCCCAAGACGCAAACUUCUGAUGUCUGAAGAAUAUUUUGCUUAUUCCGUUUAUGUGUUUAGACCAUGAACUUUUCUUUUGCUAACUAAAUUAUAGAAAUAAUAAUUCCCGCUGGUCGGUGGAAUAAUUGAAAAUGCUUUUUAUGCUUAACACGCUUUUAUAUCUGUUCAAUUUAUACAAGAACAAACUAAAUAAAUAUAUGGUGUCUGUAAAA